AUGGCUACAUGUAAGACCCUUACAAGUUGGCAUAGGCCAUGGCAUGGUUUUGAUGUUUUGCACCAUGCCAAGGCAAGCCAAGGGUACGUAGGAGGUGCACUCGUGAAGCAAGACAAGGUCGGAAGACAUGUGUUUGGGGCUGGGAAUUGGCAGCCAAGACAUAGCAGCAAGGCAGCGCAAUGCACAAGGCAGACAUGCGCAGCGCAGCGCGCAAUGCGCAAGGCAUGUUGCGCAGCACACGUAGGCAGCUGGUGGCUGGACGUGGCUGUUUGGCUAAAAACGUGCUGGAGUGGGUCUAGGACGUGGCAAAACGUUUCUUGCGUGAGGCAAGUCUCACUUGUGUGCGUUGGUAUCACUUGUUUCACUGCGUGCACUCUGAAGCCUCACGGGUUUGGAGGUGAAGAGAAAGCUGACUUAGGAGGAGUCUAA